AUGGACAUCCGGAACAUCCUUCGCGCCCAAAGGCUAGCCGCUCCCGUCGCUGCUGAGGCACGCAGCUCCAACUCUUUACCCAGAAAGAGUGCAUUGCGAGUCACCAACAGCGAGGCAACCCCCAAGCGGGUUAGCUUUCACGAAGCUGUCACCGUUGUGAAUGUCGAGAAGUGGGUGGUGCCUGGUGUUCACUCAGAAAUCGAUCUUGCUGAACAGGUAGCUCAAAUUGGGGGUCCACCGGGACCAAGACUGGAGCAGGGGUGGAUGGUGGCUGGCGUUUGCCAAUUCAAUGACACCGGAAGUGGCUUCGAGGGAUGGGUUCCUGUGGUGGCGCAGCACCGGCUGCUUCGAGGUAUGCAUCAUCAUCCUCGUUCUCUCGUUACCGUCUUCUCCUUACUCUUCCUCUCCUCUGGCUCUGUCUCUCCAGCUCCCCAGCAACCUCCCUCUCCCACGCACCUGCAACAAUCCGUCCCCAAAGUUUCAGGCUAA